GGGCAGACCCAGAAGAUCCGUCGACCCGCAGAUAAUCACACAGACAGGUGAUGAAGAUGGUCUCCUCCUCGCGCCUCCGCUGCCUCCUCCUGCUCCUCCUCUCCCUCACUGCCUCCAUCAGCUGCUCCUCCGCCGUCCAGAGAGACGCCAAACUCCGCCUGCUGCUGCACCGGACCCCGCUGCUGGGCUCCAAACAGGACCUGUCCCGCUCCUCCCUGGCGGAGCUGCUCCUGUCGGACCUCCUGCAGGUGGAGAACGAGGCUCUGGAGGAGGAGAACUUCCCUCUGGCUGAAGGAGAACCUGAAGACAUUCAUGUUGAUCUUGAACGAGCCGCCGUCGGCACCGGGCCGCUGCUGGCUCCCCGAGAGAGGAAAGCUGGCUGCAAGAACUUCUUCUGGAAGACCUUCACCUCCUGCUGAGAGCCCCCUCUUCAUCCUCCAUCAUCCUCAUCCUCUCUCAACUCCACCACCCCUCCUCCUCCAGACGCUGUACAGACACUGUGUGGAUCAGACUGUCACUGAUUAGUUUGGAUGAAUUGUUAGAUUUUCUGAACUGAUUCUUUCUGAAUGUAAACUUGAUGAAACUAUUUUUAAUUGUUGGUUUGAAUAAAAUCUGUUUGAGACAAACGGCUGCUGCUGUCUGCUGAUGGAGGAGGAGGAGGAGGAGAGGAAAUAAAAGUCUUCAUCAGGA